AUGAUGGGAUACCUCUGCACACUCUUAGCUCUCGUGUUUGUUACUCGCGCACAAAUCGAUGGAUUUAUCCCGAAAGAAAGAAACUGCAACAUAUCCGGGAAAUAUCCACGUGAUCCACAUCUCACUCUUAUAAUGGAACUCAUGUUCCAGGAAACGAUCUAUGACUGCACUCUCGCAGAUAUAGCUUCUCUACUUGUCAAUGAUUUCGGCUAUUACAAAGAAUACAAAGAAUGCUUUGAAAAGUCAGGCUCGAAAUGGACAGUAACCAAAACUUCCUACAAGAAUAAGCGUGAAAAAGAUCAGCGUCAAAUCUCCAAAAGACUCAGUAUGAGAGGAAUAUCGGUAAGCGUCGCCAUUUCGUUUUAG